AUGCCUCUGGAUCUCUUCGAACUACUCUUGAAGAGUGAUGAACUUAAUAGUAAAAAUUACAUUUUGGAACAUGUUUCCGAUUCGUUGGCACUGCGUUCAGCACUUUGGUGUCUAUAUGGACGCUACGAAAUGUCUGCUAUGUAUGCGCAGUUGCUGCUCAACUUAAAGAAAACCUGGGUAUUUGGUGAUGUGAGUAAUUCGGAGAGUGUCUGUAAGGUUCUAUCAAGCCUGGCACUUUGGUUGAACAUACAAGGAGAACACCACUUAAGUGCUGUGGUGUUGCAUAAUGCGCGCAAACGUUUUCCACGCUAUCCGCACGCAGCUCAAUGGAUGAUUAGUGAAUGCCAUAUAAAAAUACAGCAAUGCAUCUAUCGUUGUCGUUGGCAGGAAGCACUAAAAGCUUGCUGUCAACUUUAUUUGCUGGACAAAAAUGACGGCAAUCUGCAGCGCGCCACUGUAUUGGUGGCAAAACGUUAUUUUAAUGUGGCACGCCGCCUACUGCACAAACUGCUGGAAACGAGUAAUUUGGACAUUUUAACAAACGUACGUGUGCUGGUCCUGAAGGCCAUCUCAGUGGAUUGCAUGUCAUCACAAACUAUAGAACUGCUUAUGCGUGCCUCGGUGUUAGCUGCCUCGGCGUAUCUGGAGUAUGAACAUGCAAUGGUUGAUAUGGUGCUAGCGCAAGUGCUGCUUAGAAUGGGUUUGAUACAGAAAGCUUUCCAAGCAAUUAAGAAUUGCAUGGAAAUCAUCUGUAUUAAUGGCGGCAUCUAUGAUCGCGCCAAGACUGAUUUUAUAUUUGUUAAGUGCUUGGUGGCAGCAGCAGAUAGCAAGGGUAUGAAGAUUAUAGGUCUUCUGAAAUCCAUACCGAUGUUGGAGAACGCAAUUGAACAGUUUAAGAAACUGGAGGCACAUGCAAAAGUUUUGGAUAUUUACGUGUAUCUCGCCAAGACCUUUGACGAAUUGAAGGAGAGAGAGGAACGAAAUAAGUAUGCUUGUAAGUUCAAGCAAUAUUUCAAGUCGCAUCCGGUUGCGAGGGAAUAUCUUGGCAUGAUAUUUUGAAUAAAAACAAAUAUUUUAAU